CAGGAGCCCGGCCGUGGGGCGCGAGAAGAGGCCUGCCUGGGCCCCGGAAGCCGCCCCCUGGCUUGAGGGAAGGACGGACGGAGGGAGAAGCCUCGCGGGUCCAGCCCGCCGGGGGACGCUCCCGUCUUUAGGCCCCGGCUGGGCCAGCAGCGGCGGCGGCGGCGCCGGGCCGCGCUCGAAGCCUCGCUGCCGGCGAGGAGGAGGAGGACGACGACGACGACCAUCACCACCACCACCAGCAUCGCGGCCAUGGCGGCGGCGGAGACCAAGAUCAUCUACCACCUCGACGACCAGGAGACGCCGUACCUGGUGAAGCUGCCCAUCGCGGCCGAGCGGGUGACGCUGGGCGACUUCAAGGCCCUCCUUAAUCGGCCCAACUACAAGUUCUACUUCAAGUCGAUGGACGACGAUUUUGGGGUUGUAAAGGAAGAAAUCUCAGAUGACAAUGCAAAGCUUCCUUGUUUCAACGGCCGGGUGGUAUCUUGGCUGGUGUCUGCUGAAGGGUCUCAUUCAGAUGCUGGGUCUGUUUGUGCCGAAAAUCAGCCGGAAUUGCCACCCUCCAUUGAGCGUACUGGAGGCAUAGGAGAUUCCAGGCCUCCCUCUUUUCAUCCCAACACUGGAGGAAGUCGAGAGAACUUGGAUAAUGAAACUGAAACAGACUCCGUCGUGUCAAUGCAGAGGGAGCGUCCACGUAGAAAAGAUGGACCUGAGCAUGCACCCAAGGUGAAUGGAACAGCCAAGGGGGAAAGGCGGCGGGAACUGGGCGGCUAUGAAAGCUCUUCCACCCUCAUGAGUAGUGAACUGGAGACUACCAGCUUCUUUGAUUCAGAUGAAGACGAUUCCACCAGCAGAUUCAGCAGCUCAACAGAGCAAAGUAGUGCCUCCCGCCUGAUGAGAAGGCACAAACGACGUCGGAGGAAACAGAAGGCACCACGUAUUGAACGGUCUUCCUCUUUCAGUAGCAUCACAGAUUCUACCAUGUCGUUGAAUAUAAUCACCGUUACCCUCAACAUGGAGAAGUACAAUUUCCUGGGCAUCUCCAUUGUUGGACAAAGUAAUGAGCGUGGUGAUGGUGGCAUCUACAUUGGCUCCAUCAUGAAAGGAGGUGCUGUGGCAGCAGAUGGAAGGAUUGAGCCCGGAGACAUGCUCCUGCAGGUGAAUGACAUCAACUUUGAGAACAUGAGCAACGAUGAUGCUGUGAGAGUGCUGAGGGAGAUUGUACACAAGCCUGGGCCCAUCACGUUGACCGUUGCCAAGUGCUGGGAUCCCAGCCCGAGGGGCUGCUUCUCUUUACCAAGGAUUGCUCCCCAGCGGAUCUGGGCUGGGCCAGACUCUCCAUGCUCCGAUCCGGGUGAGCCUAUCCGACCCAUCGACCCAGCAGCCUGGGUUUCCCACACGGCAGCGAUGACUGGCACCUACCCAGCGUACGGUAUGAGCCCAUCCAUGAGCACAAUCACAUCCACCAGCUCCUCCAUCACCAGCUCCAUCCCAGAAACCGAACGCCUCGAUGACUUUCACCUGUCCAUCCACAGUGACAUGGCCACUAUCGUUAAAGCUAUGGCCUCACCAGAGUCGGGCUUGGAGGUCCGCGACCGCAUGUGGCUGAAGAUCACCAUCCCCAACGCUUUCAUUGGAUCGGAUGUGGUAGACUGGCUCUACCAUCACGUGGAAGGUUUCACAGAUCGGCGGGAAUCCCGCAAGUAUGCCAGCAACCUGCUCAAGGCGGGUUACAUCCGACACACCGUCAACAAGAUCACCUUCUCAGAGCAGUGCUACUACAUCUUCGGCGAUCUCUGUGGCAACAUGGCCAGUCUGUCCUUGCAUGACCAUGACGGAUCCAGUGGUGCCUCUGACCAGGACACGUUGGCUCCAUUACCCCACCCAGGAGCUGCUCCGUGGCCCAUAGCCUUCCCAUACCAGUACCCACCACCCCAUCCAUACAACCCGCAUCCCGGAUUUCCUGAUCCAAGCUACAGCUACGGAGGAGGCAGUGCAGGCAGCCAGCAUAGUGAAGGAAGCCGUAGCAGCGGCUCAAACCGCAGUGGCAGCGAGAGAAGGAAGGAGCGAGAGCCCAAGACCGGAGAGCCCAAGUCGGGAGGGAGCGGCAGUGAAUCCGACCACACCAGCCGUAGCAGCAUCCGGCGGGAGCGAGCCGGCAGCGAGCGUUCUGUGCCGGCCAGCCAGCGCAGCCAUCACUCCAUGGCCCACAGUAUCCGCAGCCACCACAGCCAGCAGUCCUAUGGGCCUCCAGGUCUCCCGCCUCUCUACAACCCUCCCAUGCUCCUGAUUCCUCCACCGCCUUCUGCCCUGGGACCCCCGGGGGCCCCCCCUGGCCGAGAUCUGGCCUCUGUGCCUCCUGAACUGACGGCCAGUAGACAGUCAUUCCGCAUGGCCAUGGGCAACCCCAGUGAGUUCUUUGUGGAUGUAAUGUGAAGCACCGUCCCUCCCUCUUUUCCCUGUCUUGUCUGCUGCCCCCCCAUCGGUUUGUCUCCUAGGAAGAAACCAGACUCAGUCUGUGUGGGAUGUGUCUUUUUUUUUCUUGAUAAUUAUGGAAAGGGAAAGCAAAAAAGAAAAUAAACUGGACUAAAUGUUU